UCGGCAAAAAAAGAGGAAAGCCCGGCCUUGGUGGCUUUCUCCGGCGCAAGGUGCAUUGACUCUGGGAGAGAGGGUCCGAUCGCUGGCGCACGCUCGCGCCGUAUAAGAGGCGCGGGGGGCCCGAUCUGGGCCAGUCGAGCAUGGCGAACACCGAGGACAUACCCGCGCAGCACCACUCGCUGUCGUCCAUGCUGUUCUCGGGGGGUGACCCCCGGGUGCGGCAUUGGCCCCUGAUGGGAUCGCCGGCGGUCAUCGUGUCCAUCCUGGCCGGUUACCUUUACUUCUCGUUACGCCUCGGGCCGGCGCUCAUGAAGAACCGGAGGCCCUUCCCCAUCCGGCCCUUGGUGGUGGCCUACAACGUGGUCAUGGUACUGCUCAGUGUCUACUUCUUCGUCCUCACGCUACGGCUCACCUACCUGCGCGACGCGACGCCGCUCCUGCAGCGCUACGACUUCUUCUGCCAGGGCACCGACACGACGUCCAGCGCGGGCCCUCUGCUCUACCACGGCUGGUUUUACAUGCUCAUGAAGGUCGGCGAGCUGCUCGACACGGUGUUCUUUGUGUUGCUCAAGAAGAACAGCCACAUCAGCUUCCUGCACCUGCUGCACCACUCGCUGGCCCUGUCCACCGUCUGGAUGGACAUCAACAACGGCAUCACCGGCCAGGUCGCCAUGUUCCCCAUCCUUAACACGGCCGUGCACAUGGUGAUGUACACCUACUACGGCCUCGCCGCCCUGGGGCCGUCGCUGCGGCCGAACCUGUGGUGGAAGAAGUACGUCACCCAGCUGCAGAUCAUCCAGUUCUUCUUCCUCAUGGUGCACGGCGGAAUUCCCAUCUUCUACGACUGCGGCUUCCCGCGUAUCAUGGCGUACUUCAUGGUGCUCGAGACGGCUCUGUUCACGGGACUAUUUUCGGAUUUCUACUACCGCAAUUACCUUCUACGCAAAGAGCAAUGAUAAGCGCGUCGUCGCCACCCAUCAAGGACCUAUUGUCGUCGGUGUGUCGCUGUGUCAAUGCGCCUCACUCUCUCCUGUCCUCUUGUACAUAGUUCACCGCGCGCGCGUGCAUGUGUCGUGUUCAUGUUCCGGUUUCUUUAUUUUUUUAGCCCCAUUGAAAUAAACCAGUGCUUGCACAUUCCUCA